AUGGAUCUAAAAAGUAUAUAUUAUGUUAAAUGCUGGAUUAUUAUACGCUCUCUCCAUCAAGCAAAUAUUAUCUAUCUUAACAAUUUGCAAUUCAUCCUUAUUGGAGUAAAAAAAAAUUUAAUGAUGUUAAAAAAAGUAAAUGAAUAAGUUUCUUUAUCCUGUGAGUUCACUGAGUAUCCAGGUUAGCAUUAAUUGCAUUCACGAAAUGAGUAGCUUGAGCUAAAUUUAUAAGCACAAGAAAAACAAUUUAUAUUUUCAUUUUCAUAUGUUCUACUAGAACAAAAUUUAAUGCAAUUAUAUUUAUUCUGA